GCGCGCUGCCCACGUGACGCCUGGCUGCUUCCUCUCUUCGCUGCUCUCCCUCCCUUGCUCUGGAUUUCAGUGACGUGGUGCUGACGGCUGACUCUGGACCGAGAGCUGCUUCUGAAUCUGGACGUGGAUUAAAGCUCGCCCGUGUGGGUCCGGAUCAUGCAAAAUGGACAAUUCGUGCUCUGAAGCAGAUUUAAUUGGCAGCAGUUAUGUACGCAUUACUAAACUUUGCUGUGAACAGGGUGGUGCAUAUCCCAGAAAAUAUUCACAAGUUAAGGCGAAUUUAGAACUGGAUAUCUGCAAAAUCUGGUGUAGUAAGCCACUUCAUGUCCUUCGAGAUUACUGUGAUGUCAUUAAAAUAUACAUCUUCUGGCCGCUUCUUUUUCAACGUGAACAGAAUCCUGUGGUAUCUCAAUUACAUCCUUGUAUAGAUAUCAGCAGCGCUAGUACUUGUGAAUUAAGUUUGAAGAGACUGCAGCAUAUUGAAUUGCUGGAAGACAUUGUGGAUUUGGCAAAGAAAGUUGUGGAUGAUCAGUUCUUUAUUGGUGGUAUAUUGAGAAUUGGUUAUAAGAUAGAAAAUAAAAUCUUGGCAAUUGAAGAGGCUUUCAACUGGGUGAAAUAUACAGGGGAAUUCAGAGUUCUGCGUAAAUUGGAGAGGGCUGAAAAUUGUUGGCCUAUGCUAAGUAUUUUCUUUACUGAAUACAAGUACCAUAUAACCAAAGUUGUACUGGAAGACUGCAAUUUAGUUGAAGAAUUUGAAUAUCAGAACUGUGCUGCUUGUAUAAAGGAAGGUGAAAUUAUGAAAACAAGAGGAAAUGAAGAAUUCUCAGAAGAGAGAUUCGAUACUGCUAUUACAUAUUAUACCAGAGCAAUUGAAUUUAGACCUGAAAAUCACCUACUUUAUAGUAACCGAGCUCUUUGUUUCCUUCGUACUGGUCAAUUCAAGAGUGCACUUGGUGAUGGAAAGAGGGCCACUAUUCUGAAAUACAAUUGGCCAAAGGGCCAUUAUCGUUUUUGUGAUGCUCUCUCAAUGUUGGGGGAGCAUGCCUGGGCGCUAGAAGCAAAUGAGAGAGCUCAGCAUCUUUGCAGAAACUACCCUGAUGGAAUGAAGGAUCUUACUCAACAGAACAUAAAAUUACAAAAACAAGUGGAAGAAUUACGAGGUUCAAAGCAUGGUAAUCAUCAAAUAAGGAAAUCGUUUUAUGGGAAAAGGUUAUCCUCAGGUUAUAAUUCUCCAAGACCUUUACAUUAUGGUUUUCUUAAUUUUAUGGAAACCAAUGAAGAAAACAAGGUACUGAGAUUAGCAUCGAAAUAUCGUGACUAUUAUCAAUAUCAGAAUUUGAAGGUAUCUCGUGAAAUUUUGAAAUUAGAAAAUAAAGAUUACCCUCCAGAUUUGCCACCAGGUCAUAACCCUAAAUUUAAAGGAAAAUCAAGGAACAAAAACGAUGAUAUGGGAAAGCCAAGCCUACAACUGAAUUUACAAAUAGAUUUGCAAAGCUUAUUGGAUAAACAAUUCAGUAAAUCUUCCAGAGCUGUACAACAGGAUUUUGCUAUAUUGAUAAAAAUGCUACAGUCCCUCAUCGAAGAAGGUUGCACAGCCUUGAUGGACCAACAUUGUCGCAGUGCAGCAAAAGCCUUUUCACGUUUGCUAAGUGACUUAGAUCCCAAUAAAUUGAAGCAACUGAACCUUGCCCUUAUUAACUAUGUCCUAGUAAUCUAUGGUUAUGCCAUCUCUCUCCUUGGAAUAGGAAUGCCUGAGGAAUUAUCAGAAGCUGAAUAUCAAUUUAAGAGAAUUAUUGAGCAAUACCCCAAUGAAGGAGUUGACUGCUUAGCCUAUUUUGGAAUUGGAAAAGUAUAUUUAAAAAAGAAUAGAUUUUCAGAUGCGCUCGGUCAUUUUGAAAAAUCUAAAACCAUGAUUAAACUUAUUCCUGGAGUAUUGACUUGGCCUACAACUAAUGUGAUUAUUGAAGAGUCUCAAGCUGAGAAAUUGCAGUUGAUAUUGGAAAAUCAUAUUGAAGAAUGCAAAUUCCCGCCAGAUCCAGAUGCAGUUUGUUGUUAUCAGAAGUGCAAUGGAUAUUCUAAAAUACAGAUAUAUUUAAACGAUCCAGACUUCAAGGGCUUUAUACGAAUUAACUGCUGUCAGUUUUGUAGAAUAGAAUUUCACAUUAGCUGUUGGAAAAAAUUAAAAACAACAAUUUUCAAUGAUAAAAAUGACAAGGAUUUUCUCCAAGAAACAUGUCUUACUCCUGACUGUAGAGGUAUUAUUUCUAAGAUUGUUAUCUUUGGUUCAGCUGGUCAUAUUAAAUGUGAAUUUGAACAUAGGGUCAUAAAAGAAAGGGAUCCACCAAGACCUGUCAUGAAACAGAAAUGUUCUAGCCUAGAGAAAUUAAAAAUUAAAGAAGAAAAAAAAGUAAAGAGAAAACUUCAAAAAAAUGAAGCAAGAAAAUUAGCAAAAGAGAGAAUGGAAGAAAAAAAUAGAGAAAGCAACUCUUCUAAGCCUGGCGACCAUAAAGGAUUUGUACAAAGUUGCCAAAUGCCUGAUGAUAGGAUUUUGCAAUGUAUAAAACAAAAUGCUGAGCAAAUUAAAUCUGGCAUCCAGGACGCUUCCAGACUUCUCAGAGAAUUGCUUUCUUGGAAGGUAAUAAACACGGAGGAUUAUGCAGAUUCUUAUUUUAAUAGCAGUGUUCUAAGUGAAACAGUGGAGCAUCUCAUCGAGCAUUUGAUACGGAAAAACAAUAGAGUAAACACAAGAAUUUUUCUGCAUGUAUUGAGUGAGAUCGAAGAAAUAAAUCCCAAACUACGUGACUGGAUCCAGAAACUCAAUAGUUUAGGUUUGGAUGCUACAAGGAUGUUUUUUUCUCGUUAUGGUGAUUGUGUUAAAAAGCUUGAUUUUAAACUUGUAACUGUUCUCUGGAGUGAGAAAUAUGGUCAUAAACUAGACCACAUAAUAAGCAGUUGUGAAGAGAAAAAGAUGGUUGAAUAUUUCAGUAAUCCAGGAUCAUUGAAGGAAGCUCGCUACAUAAUAUGGCUAUUAGAAGAUAAUAGAGAGAAGUUUCCAGCACUGCAUAAUGCUUUAGAUGAAUUCUUUGAUAUAAUGGAUGGCCCUUGUACUAUAUUAAAGAAACAAGAGAAUGAAGAUAUUUCAACUAAUGGUAUUAAGGUAAAAAACAAAACCAGAAAAAAGAAGCACAAAGAAUCAAAGCCUCUUCUCAUUCUCUCUGGAGGUGGUGGAGUAACACAAAAUGAGGAUAAAACUGGUACAGAUGAAAGUAGUUCACUUCAUUCGAAUUCUUAUGACCCAUUUGUAGUACCUGAUUAUCUUCGAGAUGAAGUAGAAGAAUUUGAAGCUCUAUAUGAAAAAAAUAGUUCAAAUAAUUGUAAUUAUCAGAAGUUGUUGGAUAGUAACCUAGAUCCAAAAUGUGAACCAUUAUAUGACUAUUUUUCUCAGAUCCUGGAAGAACAUGGCCCUUUGGAAAUUGAUGACAAGUUAUUGGUUGGAGAAUAUGAACAUUUUCCUGAAGAAGCUAGGAAGAUUGUGGAAGAGGCAGGAGGUUUAAAAUCUUUCCUCUUGGAUUCUCUUAAUUUUGUUAUGAUAGACAAUUAUAUUGGAUUAAUGAAAGAUGCUAUUCCGAUUAAGAAAAAUAAGACCACUGGAACUACAGUGGAAGAAAGUACUAGUUUGGAUGAGAAAGACUUAAUGUUUUCUCCAUGCUUUCAGAAAAAUGCUUGCCAGCUUAAACAGUUAAAUCCAACGGCUAAGGAAUUUAAACCAGUAUCUUUUAGUUCUUUCAUAGCAGCAUGUAAAAAUAAAAAAGCAAAUCGAGCUGCAAAGUAUGUAACUGCAGGAUACAUGUCAUAUAUUCCUUUUAAUACAGUUAUUUCUAAUCAAGGAUUUGACAACAGUAACACAGCAGUAUGUGUUGCAAAUGUCUUGCCACAGUCAUCUCAAUGUAUUAAUGUAUACACCACUGUAUCUGAUACAUCUUCUGAUUAUCAAACAAAAAGAAAAAUACCUCUGGAGUCAACUACACCUCCUAUCACAGAUACUGACAAUGCCCAUGCCAGUCAUGAGGCUGAUAUGAAUACAGAAGGACCAGUGCUUGAAAAAGUAGGUUCCUCUGAUGAACCUGCUUGUGAAAAAGAGAUCCAUCAGGACACUCAGAAAACAACUGUAAAGUCAGACAUUUAUAAAGAUAAUACUGCCAAAGAUGCAUACAUUACAAAUAACGAUCAUUGUGACUUUGAUAAUAGUAAAGUGGAAGCAGAGAUAAAAAAUACUGAUGUCAUUAAAAGCACUCCAAGUCUACGAAUGGUUGCCAUACAGGUGAAAAAAGAUGUAAUGCACCAGGAGGUUAAUACAGUGCCUUUUGGUCCAUUUGAGACACAACAAGGUGAUAUUUUACGAAUGGAAAAGGAACAUCAGGUAUUACAAGAGCAACUUAAAGAAGCAAAGGAAAAAUAUGAACAGUUAAAAUGUAGAAGUACAGAGGAGACCAAAGAACUAGAAGAAAAACUGAAAAGAACAAUGGAAGAAAACAAGAUUUCCAAGACUGAAUUGAAUUGGUUUCAUCAAGAUUUGGAAGUAGAAAUGAAAAAAUGGCAACAGGAAAAAAAGGAAAAUCAAGAAAAAUUAAAAACGCUAAAAAAUAAAGUUAAAAAACUUACAGAUACCAAUGAAAUAUAUUCACGGAAUAAUGAGGAAAAGGAUCAACAGUAUGCAUCACAUUUGGAUGAAUUCCUUAAAAUCAGUAAUAAAUUUGCAAAUGAAAAAUUGAAAAUGGAGGAACUUAUAAAGAAGGGAAAAGAUAAUUACCAUGAGACUAUUAAAAGAGCUGUGGCUGCAGAGGUGUCCAUACUUGAAAACUGGAAGAGUACUGAUGUUAGUAAAUUGCAGAGCACUGCAUCAAAAGCAGAAAUGUAUAUUAAGAACCUAAAGCUAAUGAACAGUGGUUCUGUAUCAUGUCCUAAUUUGGAAUCUGAGAUUAAUCAAUGGGAGUCAUUUAUUUCAAAAAUAAAAAAAGAAAUUGAGAAGGCAGAGUUUGAGUUUGAAGACCGAAUUCAGAAAGUUAAAGCUGGCUCUCAACUUGAUAAACUUUCUAAAGUAAAAGUUCCUGAAUUUCCAUUGCCUACAAAUAAUUUAUUAAUUCAAGGCAACCCUGCUCAUGUUAAUGAUCCAGCUUUUAUGACAUAUUCUGCACAAGUUCAUCCUAAAUUACUUGCUGAAUUUUCAUGUCCUGAUGAUCAAAGUCCAGUGAUCACCCCAACUAACUUCUUAACUGGAAACCAAGGUGUGGCACUUCAGACCACAAGCCUGUAUUCUGUCACGGACUGCUCGGCGGAGAUGCCUUCUGUACUUUUACAGGAGUCUUAUACUGAUCAAUCUCAGCCCUCACUCAGCCCUUCUGAAGAGGAUACUCAGCUUAAUCAAAGCUCCAAAGGUGUUGAACAGGCACAUGCCAGCACUCCAGACCAGCCACAGGAGCCUUUUAACAACGUGAUUGAGCAUCUGGCAACCAUAUUCCCAAAUUACAGCAGUGUUGAACUUUUGAAUUUUAUCCAAAAAGUACAAAAUCAAGACAGAGCCACACAUGCAAGUUUGGAGUCUGAUGAAAUUGUGAGAAGUGUGACAGAACUUAUUCUAGAUGAGCAGAAUAAAAAAACGGUAGUUCAAGGAAACGACAUGCAGACUGUAUCAAGUGCUACAGCCGAAUCUUCUAGUCGUAGACAUUCUGCAGAAAAUGUAUCAGUACCCAGUCCCUCCAUAGUCCCAGCCUCUCAAGCAGUUGCCAGCAGGCCAUGGGUAGUUGUGGGAGGACCUUCCAAGUCAAAGUGGCAAAAAUCAAAUGAUUCUCCUGCCUCCACUGAUGAUCCCUGUAUAAUAUGCUAUGAAGAGCUAAGCCAGGAACAUGUAUGUGAGAUGGAUUGUGGGCACCAGUUUCAUAAAUGGGCAGCAGAUACUGACCACUCAGUCCCACUGCUGAUCAACACAGAAGAUCUGACCUACUCUAUUUCUGACCCGGGCCAGUUUACCCCUCCUUAGGCAGCAUGAUGCUACCCCACCCCAGGGGUUCCGCCUGACUUAGUGAAGACACCCACUCAGCACCCAAGCUCAAGUAAUCUACCAUGCUCAAGUGACCAUGAACCAUCACACCUGCCACAAAUUUUGUUUUCUAAAUUUUUUAUCUAUUUGAAAAGAUUUAUGUGAUCAUUUUGACUAAUCAUUCCACCCUUUCCUUCCUCCCAUUUCUCUGCCCAGUCUUUGUUUAUUUGAUGUAAUAUAAUGGUCUUAAUUUACACUUUUGUGCCACUGAUUCCAAGAAAUCUAUGUAUAAAUCCAAGCACUAUUUCCUGAAGUGCUGUAGGAUUCUAACAGAGCUAAUAGCUAGAAAAAUAGAGCAAGUGAACAGCCCACUUUGUUAUUCCAGACAUUGGCUGCUUCCCUAGCAUUAGUAUGGCUACAGCUUUGGAUGGUACUUUAUCUGCCACCUGACCCCUUCUAAUCUUUUUCCAUUUCCAGUUUUGAAACCAUCAGUCACACUAAAAUGGUGACACCUCAUUGUAAAGCAGAAAAAUAAACAUUCUCCCUUGUUUGGUACCAACUAGCAUACCAAUGUGACAUUUGACCCAUCCAUUUUCCUCUCAUCUUCAUUCUCUCCCUUCUAUAUUAGCAUCUUCCUUCCCUCAAACAUGUUCUGUUUCUAUAGUUGACCUUCUCUGGUUAUUAUCACACAUAUCUAUGCCUUUUUGCUGCCAAACUCACCUUAGAUAUCAAUUUUCUCACCACCAAAUUAUUUCUUAGCUCUAUAAAAUAUCAAUUUUAUCCCCUCUACUACCAAAACUCUUCAAAUUUUUUUUAAUUAACAACAAUCUAUAUUCUCUUUCUCCCAACCCACCCAACUGAAAAGAAGAAAAACAUUUUUGUUUUGUAACAAAUAGGCAUAGUCAGGCAAAACUAAUUCCCAAAUUGAGCAUGUCUGAAAAAUCUUCAUCUAUACCCUGAUUAUAGCACCUCUCUCUAAACAGGUGCAUAGCAUGCUGAUUUUUUAAACUGCAUAUAUUGAUCUUGCACAUGCCGGAGAUGCAGAGGGCACUCAUGAGCCUGAUCAGCACAGAAACUUUGACCUGCUACUUUUCUGACCUGGGCCUGUUUGUCCCUCCUAAGUUGGCCUAGUUGCCCCCUGCUCCUAGGGGUGGCACCAUAUUGGUACCAGACUUAGAGCAAACACCUGAUUCACUUUAACUCCAUGGAGCUCAGAAGCCUCAGGUUCCCUGGUAGCAAAAACUGCAUGCGCUACCACACCUGCAUUGGUAGCAUGCUUCAUGAUCAAACCUCUGGAACCAUAGAGUUAGUCAUUCCAUUGAGUUAUUGUCUUUCAAAGUUAUUUGUCUUUACUGUGUCUUUAUUAUAUAAAUUGUUCUCCCAGUUCUGCCUUAUGCAACUAUUUAUAUAUCUCUUAUAACACCAUUUAUAUAUUUCAUGUAUAUGAAUGAAAUAUAAAAAUGGUGCUAUAUUUUAUAUAUAAUGUAUGUGUUUUGGAACAAUAGUAUUCUGCUCCAUUCAUAGACCACAGUUUGUUCAGACCACAGUUCAUUCCCCAAUUAAUAGUUACCCUUUUCAUUUCCAGUUCUUUAUCACCACAAAAAAUGAGUUGAAAUAAAUAUGUUUAUACAUAUAGGUCCUUCCCAUGUUUCUUUGAUCUUUUGUGGGGUAUAAGUCUAAUAAUGGUAUUUCUGGACCAAAGGACUAGCACAAUUUGAAACUCUGGUCCCCAGAAAUCCAAAUGGAUUUCCAGAACAGCUAGACCAAUUAACAGCCCCACCAAAAGUACAUUAAUGUACCUAUUUUCCUGCAAUCCUUCCAACAUCUUCCUUUUCCAUCAUCUUUGCCAAUCUGAUGGGUGUGAGGUAUAACCCAACCUCAGUUGCUUUAAUUUGUAUUUCCAUACACAUUUAAAGCAUUUUUCACAUGGAUAUUAAAAGAUUUCUUCCUCCUAAAACUGCCUAUUUAUAUCCUUUUUCCAUUUUUAUAUUGGCCAAUGGUUUUAAGUCUCAUAAAUCUGAAAUAGUCCCUUAUAUAUCUAGGAAAUAAUACCAUUAUCAGAUACCCCCCCCCAUUACCUUUUCCCUUGUAACUUUAGCUGCAUUGGGUUUAUUUGUACAAAAACUUUUAAAUUUUAUAUAAUCAAAAUUAUCCAUUUUCCUUCUAUGACCUUUUCUGUCUCUUAUUUGGUCAUGAACUCUUCCCCUAUUUAUAGGUCUGACAAAUAAUUUCAUUCUUGCUCCUCCAAAUUGUUUAUGGGGUUAAUUUUUAUGUCUAAGUCAUUUACUCAUUGGGACCUUAUCUAGGAAAACAGUAUAAGGUAUGACUCUAGAUCUAUUUUCUGCCACACUGCUUUCCAGACUGCUUUCCCAACAGUUUUUGUCAAAUAAUCAGUCCUUAUUCCAACAGCUGGAAUAUUUGAGUUAUUCAAAUACUAGUCUACUGUGCUCUUUUGCUUUUGUUCUUAAUCUGUUCCUUAUUGACCUCUCAUUUCUUAACCAGUUUCCUAUUGUUUUGAUGAAUUACUGUUUUGUAAUAUAGUUUACAAUCUAGUACUGUGAAGAUCUCUUUUCAACUCUUUUUUUUCCUAUUAUUUUCCUGGAGAUUCUUGAACUUUUCUUUGUCCAGAAGAAUUUUGUUAUGUUUGCUAGUUCUAUAAAGUAAUCAUUUGGGACCAAGUAAGUGAAUUUAGAUAAUACUGUCAUUUUUAUUAUAUUGUCUUAGGCUUACCUAUAAAUAAUAAAUAUUUCUCCAAUUAUUUAGGUCUGUAUUUCUAUAAGAGUAUUUUAGUUGUAUUUAUAUAGUUCCUGUGUGUGUUGAUAGGUAGACUCUCAAGUAUUAUGUAUAUUCCAUAGUUAUUUUAAAUGGAAUUUAUUUUUCUGCUUUUUCUUUAUGGGUUUAAUAGUAAUAGACAAGAAUGACUUGUUUUAUGUAGGUUUAUUUUAUAUCCUGUAACUUUGCUAAAGUCAUUACUUAUUUAAGUUAAUUUUUAGUUGACUCUAUAAGGUUUUCUAAGCUAUCAUCCACAAAAAGUAAUAAUUUUGUUUCCUUUUUUUCUAUGCUUAUUUUCUUUUUCUUACAAUAUUGCUAACACUAGCUUUUCUAGCAUUAUAUAAAAUAAUAGUGGUAAUCAUGGAUAUCCUUAUUUUAAUUACUAAUAUUAAUGGAAACACCUUUAGUUUAUUGCCAUUACAUAUAAUUUUGGCUCUUACUUUUAGACAGAUACUACUUAUCAUAGCAAGGAAAAUAUAUAUCCAUCCUUGCUUUCAUGUGCGUGUGUGUUUAAACAGGAAUCAGUAUCUAGCCAAAUGCUUUUCUAUAGCUACUGAUAUAAUCAUAUGAUUUUUAUUGUUCUUGUUAUUGAUGUGGUCUAUUAUGUUGAAAGUUUCAUAAUAUUGAAUGAACUCUGCAUUCCUGAUAUAAUUUCCAAUAUCAAGGAACCACACUAAGAAUUGUACAAGAUUUAGUAUCUGUCAUUUGAAAGAACAAAGAACAUGGAAUGAAAUUAUCCAAAAGACAAAGAUCUACAACCAAUAUAAACACCUUACCAAGAAAACUGUGGAUAAUCCUAUAAAGAAAAAAGUAUGUCUUCAAUGAAAUAGAGGACUAACAAAUACUCAUGAUGAAGGGGGGGAAAAAGACUUGAAAAGGAACUUUGAAAUAUAAAUUCAGAAAUCAAGAAAAAAAUUAAAAGUUGAAGUGAAUAAUCAGAAGGGAUUGUUUACUAUCUAAUGGAGACAGAGGAUGUUAAAAAGUUGCUUUGAAACCUCUAAUGUCACAAGGAGUCAUAGAGAUGUUCAGUUGGGACAGAAGAUCUAUAAUAGGGUUUUUUUUUUAGUAUUUUCAAAAUGUAAGAAGGAAAGAAAGGGGAAGGAUAAGGAAAGAUGGAAGAAAAUAUAGGGAACUUAAGACAAUCAGGUACAAGUAAAACUAUAUACAAAUAUCAAAGAAGAAGAGGGGAUACAGAUAAUUUGAACUUCACUUUCAUUAAAACUGUUCAAAAGAGGGCAGAAAGUAUACACACACAAACACAAGCGCAAAGUGCACUUAACAAGAAAAUCAUGUGAAAUGCACUUAACUCAACAAAGAAGAAAAUAGGGAUGGGAAAAGAAAAUAUAACAGGGAGAGUAGAUUAAAGGAGGGAUUAAUAAUAAGCAAAACAAACCCUAAGCUUGGGAAAGGGUAUAGUGGGGGAAAAGUGGAAUAAAAAGAAAGUAAUAACUUAAAAUAAACAGUAAGUAAGGAAUAUAGAAAAGAAAAAUGUAAAAGAAUAUAAGUAAAUAAACAAUUAACUGUUAUAACUAUGAAUGUGAAUGCAGUGAAGUCACUAAUAAAACAAGAGGUUAGCAGAAUGGACAAAAGCAAAAUCCAACAAUAUGUUUAAAAGAAAUGCAACUGAAAAUAAAAUUCACAAAGGGGUUGUAUAAAAAAAGGGUUUGGAGAAAAAUCUAUGCAUUGCCUGAACACAAAAAAACCCAGGGGUAAUGAUUAUGAUUUCAGACAAUUAAAAAGAAAUUAACAAAACUGAAAAAAAAAACGCACACUGAUAUAAUGCAUAAAACUAGAAAUUUUUUUCACCAGGGAAAAACAAAAUAAUUAAGUCAUUAGCUAAUUUGAUUAAAAAGAAGAGAAAAAACAAAUUACCAGUAUAAAAAAAUGAAAAGGAGUAUUCAUGAUAGAUGAAGAAAUAAGAUAUUAUUAGAAAUUUUUGCCCAACUAUAAGUUAAUAAAACUGACAACUUAGAUGAAAUAAAUGAAUAUUUACAAAAAUAUAAAAUACUCAAGCUGAACAAGAAACAGAAAACUUAAACACAAUUUGGUACAAAUUGAACAAAUCAUAAAUGAAUUUUCAAAGGAAAAAAAUCCAGGACCUAAUGGAUUCAAAAGUGAAAUCCGAAGAAUUCAAAAAAUAAUUAAUUCCAAUAUUUUAGAAAUCAGUUGCAAAAAUAGCAAAAGGAAUCUUACCAAGUCUUUUCAUGAUAUAGAUAUGGCCUUGAUAUAACACAAGGACAUUCAGAAAAAGAAAACUAUAGAAGAAAAUCCCUAAUGGCAUAAUUAGCAAAAAAAAAAAAAGUGAAAAUAAUAUAUCAGAAAGAUUAUAUA